GUAGAUAAAUCAGUCACAAUGACCGACAGAAAGGCUGUAAUUAAGAAUGCGGACAUGUCCGAAGACUUGCAACAAGAUGCUGUAGACUGCGCUACACAAGCCCUGGAAAAAUAUAACAUAGAAAAGGACAUUGCCGCCUACGUCAAGAAAGAAUUUGACAAAAAAUACAACCCUACAUGGCAUUGCAUUGUAGGAAGGAAUUUUGGAAGCUACGUCACUCAUGAAACCAAACAUUUCAUCUACUUCUACCUUGGACAAGUGGCAAUUCUCCUUUUCAAGUCAGGUUGAACCUGUUAU